GUGUUAGAGGUGAAGUGGAAAGUCGUUUAUUUUUAUUAAAAUGAGGCGAGAUUAUGUCAGCCGUCGGCGCAUCUCUCGUGUAUUUCUUACUUUGAAUCAGAUAUAGCGGGACAGCUCGAACGCAGUCGCGACAGUCAAAACCGGUCGUGAAGUUUCCCCUGUUUUGUCCCAUUUUUUGAUCAUGCGACAACGGAUGAUCAAUGUUUAUCAACUGUUUUUCGGACGUAGUUGCCGACAUCGGUGAGCUAUCGCUCGCUUUGUUUACUACUUGGCGAUAACCCUUGGCGACCAUCCAGAACUUCCAUUUCUUGGUUUGGCGACGAUGAAAACUGUUGAUUAAAGUUUGCAGUCGACAUUCCAACAGAUAAUUUCCAUACGUGAAGUGUCGGUUUUGAGUGAGUGGAUCAAUCCAAAUCGCAGAACAAGAAAAGUAUCAGUAGAUUCGAAAGUGUGUGCGUGUGUUUCCCCUGACAUUAUGAGUAAGAAAAUCAACGAUCAAAAAUGCUACCCGUACCACAUGGACCACCUGCCAAAAAGUUUCUACCAAAAGGCCCUGGAAGAGCUCAACGAAUCUGCAGAAGCAAGAGAAAUAGAACUGAACAAACUUAAAGAGUUGCUUUCAGCUGAUAAAAUAACGGCCGGAAUCGAAUUCGAGGAGGAUUUCCUGCAUUUAUUUUUAAGAUACAGAAAAUACAACUCUUCGCAGGCUUUUCAGGCUCUCAAGAAAUUUGUCAGCUUCCGAAGAAAUUUCAGCAGCAUUUUCCAGAGCGUCCCAGAAGUGUAUUGCAAAGAGACUCCUUCCACCAAGUUUAUGUCUAUUCUUCCUUACAGGUGUCCUGAUGGAUGUGCAAUUGUUCUCUGCGAACUGGGCAAAUGGAACCAUAAUGAACUUUCGAUCGAAGACGUUAAAAGAAUAGGUAUGUUUUCAUUUCUCCUGCCACUUCGAUGCCCAAUGACACAAAUCAGUGGAUUUAAAAUGAUUUACGAUUUUACGGAUACAGUCUUAGAUACUGCACUCCACAAAAUCUUAGUCUGUUGUAUAAUGCCACUUUUCACUGCCUCCCUUGCCGUUUCAAAGAAUUCCAUUGCAUUAAUAAAUCUGCACUUCUAACUGCUAUAUGGGCUAUAUUGAAGCAUGUUAUUCCGGGAAAGAUAAGAGAAAGAUUUUUCUUCCAUUCCAAGCCUGAGGAUCUCCUGAAUUACUUUCCCAGCUCCAUAGUUCCCACUCAGUACGGAGGAAGCCUGGACAGUUAUCACGAUUCAGAAUUGAUGAAGAAGCUGAAUGAUGAAAUUAAUAAUUAUCCCGAGAAAGGAAUGCCAAACUAUUUUUAAUUUUAUUUCAACUCUUUACUCAGUAGAACCAAAUCGAAGUAUUUGGAAUAAAAAAAACUUUCGCAUAGUAAUACAUAUUUAUGUAAAAAUGUAUUCAUUGUACAAGAUUUUAUUAGGUACAAUAUUUUUAAAUAUUGUAAAACAUUAAAAAGUAGCUGACGGAAUUGUUUAUUACAGUUCUGGUAUUUUUAUACCCUUUUUAUUUAUUUUGGUUUGUUUCAUGUUGAUAUUUUCAUAUGAUACUCUGUAAUCGACUUUUCAUUUUACUUGACAGUAUUUUAAAAGUUUAUAUAUUUUUAUAUUCUUAAUGACAUUUUAAUAUCUGAAUAUUAUAAGAAUUAAUUUAAUCAAUCAAUUAAUUUGAUUAAAUUUCAUUUUCUAAAAAUGAUCUCCAUCUAAUUCAUAAUUUUAAAAAAUGAUUCAUAGAAUCUACUCCUGAAAAAAAAUUAUAAAUUAAAAGCCAAAUGUUGAAAAUAAAUAAAAUAAAACUGAUUCUAGAACAAUAAAAAUGUGUUUUUAAAACAUUCAUUUAUUAAAUUUUUAUACUUAAAUUAUUCUAAAGAUUUUUUUUAAAUUUCGUAUAAAAUCACCUCUAACGAAAAUAAAAAAUAUAAAUUCAUUUCACAGCAAUUUUUU